AUGUUCAGAGAAAGAAUUUUGUUGGUACUCUUGAUGGCAGGACUAGGCGUAUGCCGAUCACUAACCGAUAUAGAGAUAGAAGAUCUCAACAGCUACAUUGAUGACAGUAAUUACUAUAAUGAAAGUAAACCUAACUACAGUACAUACACUAAUGGGAAUGUCCAAGUGAUCAACGAAAAUAACAAUUCACCUGCAAACAGAGUUGUUAACAUUGAGGUAUAUGUUUCAGAGAAGUCAAGGGAUAAGUAUACCAGCAUAGGCUUGUCGAUUGAUAAUAUUGUAAAAGAAAUGGCGGAUGAGUUAGAGAAACUAAUCAACGAAAGUAUGGGCUCAGGCAAACAUGCGCAUGAUAGCAAAUACAAAAAACCGUUUAAGAUUAAUGCAGAGGUCCAAGCAGCAAUGCCCAAUGGUGUUGACCUAGACGUGUGUGAUGGAGAUAUUGGAAACUUUAAGAGAGGACUGUACAAGGUAGAUGAACAGAGAAAGACAAAAAAUCCGGUGGUUCUUCUGUACAAUUGUUCCUCAACUAUGUAUUCUUCAUACUUUUCAUCAGCACUUCUUCCAUUACCGGUUACUAUUGUGAGACAGAUUCCAGAGUGUUUAAAUGAUGUAGCAUCGUUUGCAGAGACCGAGCUGAUGAAGAUCAAGUCUAUUCUGAUCAAUUCAUUUUAUACUUCGAUAGGAUCGUAUGAGGAUGGAGUGUUAGAGUAUGACGAGAUAGUAUCUGGAGACCAGAUCCUGAGACCUUUCCGGUUAAUCGGCAAACGCAUGCCCUUGUUUGGAGGAUCGUGCUACAAAGAUUAA